GUUCAUAAAAUGUGGAAAUCACAUUAAUCGGCGAUACUAGAGCCCGCAUCAUAUUGUUUUUCAAAAAGAACAGGCGUUUCAAGUUUUAAAAGUCACUGUACGUUGGACUGGUGCAGGCUAGCUGUUAACUUAGCAUCGGCUGAAACAUUGAGCAGCGUUACUGUCCUGAAGGUGGAAGUCAUACACUGAGCAUCAGAGAAGUGAUGAAAGACCGCUGUCUCAGCUGAGUCUAAGUAUUGUGCUGAUUAUGGAUGACUUGGAAAGAGAGCUAGGACCUCUUGAAGACCUAGAGGAUGACGGGGUUUCAGACAGCUCUACAAUAAGAAGGAAAAAAUCAAAGCUCCCUGUGGUUAACCCCAUGUGUGUAGAGACACCCAAGGAAACUGGGUUUCACCAGAGCAUGAGAAUCUGUCUGGAGCACAUCCGAGAAGCCCUGCUGCAUCAUAGAUGGCAAGAGGCUGCAGAAUAUAUGGCGUGUUAUCCACAAAUGUUAGAAGACUCCACCAAUGGCACAGCUCAGCAGCAUAAGGAGCUUAUUUGGAGAAUCAGUGCUGAGAUCCUUCACCAUCAUCCCAACUCAAAGCUGGAAGACUACAACAACAUCUAUGAACGAAUGAAACACUCAGGAGUCAGACAUUACCUGAUGAUCUGCCUGGAACAUUCGUUCCACCUGCUUCUUCAUGGUCACAUUGACGAUGCAAAGCGUCAGCUGUCUGUAGCUGAAAGUUGGAGGUAUGGGAAGGAGUCAGCGGCUCAGUGUCAGAGGGCUAAACUGAUCCAGGCCUAUAGGAGUUUACUGGAUUACAUUAUCUGGUGUGACAAAAAGUUUAAACACUCCAGAACGGAUGACCCUGACUCUGGUGACAACCCAGACAUGCACAGCUACUUCAGGCAGGCCUCCAUCCAUCUAGGGGAGGUUUUGAAAAAUCCUGGUGUCUGGGAUCCCUUCAUGCUGAGUUACGUUGAGAUGCUGGAGUUCUAUGAGGAUCAUGACUUCGCUUUAAAAGUCCUGAAUGACUACGCUUAUGAUAACUCUUUUCCACCCAAUCCCAACGCACAAGUCUAUCUGUACCAGUACUUAAAACGACAUGAUGCCUCUGAGAAGAAACUGAUGAAAGUGUUGAAGAUCCUCCAUGCAUUAGUCCCAAGCCAUGAGUUGAUGUUGGAGUACAGCUCUCUCCUGCUUCAGUCAGAGAAAAAAAUUGACAUCGAGAAAGCUUUAGGAGUCGUUCUGGAAAUGCUGGACUUUGCCUGCUGGAGGAGCAACCUGGACGUAUGGAAGCGUUUAAAGGCCAUUAUUCAGAAAUUACAAUUACAAGAUGACUGUAAGGAUGUCGUCCUUGGAAAAAUGGCGACGAGAAAAGACUGGUGGCCUGUGCUGCACUUCACAAGCUUCCAUGCCAGUAAAGACUCUGAGGAGAACCCGGAGCUCAUGGAAGUGAAGGCAUCACUGACAAAAAUCCUUUGCCCAGACCUAAUGCUGAAGUACACAGCUGGUAACCAGCGCAGUGCAGACUCGAGAGAAGAACCCAAAGAGAACGGGGCUGAGAUGCUGUCAGGAAACGACUGAAAAACCACGGCAAAGGAGUGUCGACGAAGAGCAACGUGAAGUUUAUUUGAACAAGAUUAAUCUUUUUUUUAAGUCAAGGUUCACUGACUCACAGACAUGUGCUCCCAAGGUCAAUCUGAACCUCCUUGUUAUUUUUCUUUUUCAAACACUGCUCCUUCAUGUUUGGUAAAUUGUGCCUUGAGCUUUUGUACCAAGGCACAAGCUAGAUCAUCCACUAUGUGGAGCUGUUGCUCCGUUGUUCCUGCAGUGAGUGUCUGGAGGGUAUGACCACCUAAUUUUGACAGAAACCGAGUGCAGCUCUGAACGCGAGCGUUCGUGCUGGUUUCAUGCUUUCUGUAAACAUUUAAAUGGAAGCAGAGUCUCAUUCUGCCCUUGGCUGAUCUUUGACCGCUGUAGGGAGCAGAUUUAAGGUCACCAGUGAGUGUACACAACACACACGGCCUGACGGAUUUACUGUUUACAGCAACAUGAUGGAGGCCAUUCACAGGUGCUAUUAGCUUUGAAAUAUUGAAAUGUUUUCUCUAGCAUUAGUGCUUUCCCCCUGAAUGUGACAGGCGCCUUCAGUAAAAGAUCAUAAUUCUUUUGUGGUCAGUUUUUAUAGGUGCAAAUAUUUUGCACAUGCUUCAUAUGCAUCGUUGUCAGCCUUGAUUUUCACAAACAUCUGACAUGUAAGUGUGGUUGUAGCCUGUAUAUGUUGAUGCCAUCCAUUUAUUUUCUGUGAAAAAAAAAAAAAAAAAGAAAGAAAAACAGACAUUUUUGUCUGUUU